GAGCCGCAGCUCUAGCUUUCAACGGAGGCUUGUCCGCGAGACGAGUGACGUUAGACGAGUGUUUUUCUUAUUGCCCGACGUAAAAGGUGGAUUGUCCUCUGAUUGGUCCAUCAUGGCGUCCUCACAGUGGACUCAGCGUGAGGUGGACCAGAGUGGAGGGGUGGAGCUUCAGUGGGAGGGCGGGGCCAGGCAGAUCAGUGAGUAUUGCAAAGAACUUCUGACAAGAAGAGGAGAGGAGCUGAGUUUAGACGAGCUGAGAGCUGAGAGAUACUUCAACAAGAGACAGAAGGACAUGGAAGAGCGGUUGAAGCGACUGAAGGAGGUGAAGCAUGAGUUGAAUCAGCAGCUGCAGGAGAAGAGGAGAUUGUUAGAGCUGCAUGUAUCACAACAUCAGGUGCUUCAUGACACCACACCUGCAUCUGAUGCCUCCUUCCACAGUUAUGAGUCACAGUCAGCUGAUGCACAGCCUGCUGGAAACUCUGAGCUUCAUGACGCCGUCUUCCUUCCCCCUGAGGAGAAACCACAGCGUGUGCAGAUCCAGGUCCUCAGACCAGAACCAGGUGGUCCUGAAGACGUCCUCUCCCACACACUCGCCCCCCCUCACAAAUCGGACUCUCAGAGUCUGAUCGGGGAGACGAGUGGGGACAGUGGAGGAAGUAGUCCAGUGUCGGACCAGGAGGGGGCGGAGCCUGUGUCAUCAGCUGGACCUGUGGGCGGGGCUGUGGAUCCAUGUGACGCACAAGUCCGGCAGCGGCUGAUGGAUCUGUGUGAUGUCACUUCCUGUCCCGGUCUUCUCUGUCUGUCACAGCCCCUCCCUGACAUGGGCAGCAGUCUGCAGCUGGGGGGCGACCUGUACCACAUCCACAGCAGAGUGAUGGAUGGAGGAAGUUUCUGCGUGUACAGCGGAGCGUUAGCAGAAGACGACGUGAUGCUCAAGGUGGACAGCUGCCUCGUUCCCUGGGACUUUCAUCAAUUCAGUCGUCUGAAGAAGAGUCUGUCCAUGUCCAUGUCCACGGCGGCGCUCCCUCAGGUCAGCUGCUUCCUGUUCUUAAACGGCUGUGUCACCAUCUACACCAGCCCACCUGACCAACUGUUCACAGAGUUGACAGACUGUGACUCCGCCCCCUGCAGUAAAGCGUUCCUCCUGCUGCAGCUCGUGUCGCAGCUUCACUCGUGUGGCGUCGUCCACGCUGACCUGCGGCCAAACGUCCUCGCCUGUUCUUAUAGAGCUUUUAUGGAUGUUGCCGGACUCUUCCCGGUGGACUGGUCUUCCUCUGUGGACCUGGACCUGCAGCGGGAGGUGACGUCGGUGCAGCAGCUGGACUCGGCUCAGGUCUACAUCAGUCUGGGUCUGCUGGACCCGACGUCUCCACCCCAGCUGGUGGACCUGGUGGGUGUGGCUGAAACGAUGCACCUCCUCCUGACCGGCAGCAGGAUGGUCCUGGUGAAAGAUGGCGACGGUUGGACUGCGGAGACGUUCAGCAGAGACGAGCCCUGUAACAUGUCUCACAGGAAGUGGACCAUGUGGACGAGGUUUUUCCGCUUGCUGCUGAACGUCGGCGCUCGCUCGUCUGUGUCUGUGCUGUCGGAGCUGAAGCAGCUGAUGUCAUCACUUUAAUCUCAAACUCUCAUUUCACUUAAUAAAACUCAUCUCUUUUA